UUUUGUGAGGAAAUUUUGUAUCAUGGCCGAUGUCUGGCCAAGUCACCGUUUUUGCGAUUUCUAAUUAUUAUAUACAAUUUUUUCCUAAUUUAUAAACUAUUUGUUUAAAUUUAAAUCAUUCAAAAUGGAAAACUUUCUCCCCAGCAUGUGGAAAGUUCGGGAGUUAGCUGAUAAAGUCACGAACGUGGUGAUGAAUUAUACAGAAGUUGAAGCAAAGGUUCGAGAAGCCACUAAUGAAGAACCUUGGGGGCCCACUGGUCAAAUUAUGCAAGAAUUAGCUCAUUCCACUUUCACAUACGAACAUUUUCCUGAAGUUAUGUCGAUGCUUUGGAAGAGGAUGCUUCAAGACAACAAACAGCACUGGAGGAGAACAUACAAGUCUUUACUAGUGUUGAAUUAUCUAAUUAAAAACGGUUCGGAAAGGGUAGUUACAUCUGCUAGAGAACAUAUCUAUGAUUUAAGAUCAUUAGAAAACUACACUUUCAUAGAUGACAUAGGGAAAGAUCAAGGAGUUAAUAUUAGGCAUAAAGUGAAGGAACUCAUCGAAUUUGUUCAAGAUGAUGAUCGUUUGAGAGAGGAAAGGAAAAAGGCUAAGAAAAAUAAGGAUAAAUUUAUUGGUAUGAGUUCAGACACAUUUGGAAACAGAUUUGGUACAGGGGGACGUGAUACUUGGGAAGACCGAUUGACCUACGGCGGCAGAGAAACGAGAGAAGACGAUUGGGACGACACGUCAAAUUCCGCCAAUCGUUAUAGAGAUAAAUCGUUCGACGAAGAAUACGAAGUGGACAAGGAGGACAGCGAUACGGAGACAAGAAACAACGGUCAAAAUAAUAGUAUUAAAAAAUUCCAAGACGCCGAUAUUCCCGCCAGUCCUAGUCAUGUGAUGGACAAACGCGUCAACAUUAAUAUUAACACUUCGUUAAAUAGUUCUCCCAAAAAAGUAAACAAACAGUUGAAGAAAGUCGAUUUAGGUGCUGCAGCUAAUUUCGGAAGAGGCGCUAGUCAGAGCCCUGUACCGCCCGCAGGCAAUGAUUUAUUAAGCGACGACUUUGAUCCAAGAGCCUCCGAACCCCAGCUAGAAACGAAAGCCUCCUCCAACGAAUUCGGCGAUUUCGAGACGGCUUUCGGCAAUCCCUCGGAUACGAUUCAAGAAAAAGAGGACAAUUUCGCCGACUUCAGCUCAGCCUUUUCGCCCAAUUCCGCUCCAGAUACCGCAUCACAAUACUCAGCUAUUCCCAAUUUGAUUCCGCCCCCGAAUAUGCUCGCCAACAAUCCCCUUACCCCUUCUAAUAACGUCGGCGGUGCUGUUGCUGCUCCGGAAAUUGGUGGCCUGUUUGCUACGGUGCAGAAGACCAACAGCGAUCUGUUGGGCGAUUUGGAUUUCGGAUCGUUAAAUAUACAACCUCAACCUGUUGCUCCUAAUAAUAAUUUUGGGUUGAUAGGUAAUUCAAAUGCCGAUUUUAUGAGUUCAGGUCCCGUAUUGACGCCGACUUCUGUACAACUACUCCAACCAAUGUCUUCCACAUCAAAUAACAAUACAGAAAAACCUACGUUGAAUAAGAACGUACCAGUUGGUAGUACAUGGAAAAAUUCCGGUAACAUCAAUAUCGAUUUGGACAAUUUAUUAACGAAUAAACCGAAAACAGAUUCUAGAACACAAAAUGACGUCAUUGUAUUUACAGGUCCUUCUCCUAGUAUGAACCAGUUGGCUAGCAAUCAGACGUCUCCCGUCAACCAACCUAGAUCGGUCUCGAAUGCAGGCAUGGUGUCUCCUGGUUUCGGGACGCAAUUGAAUUUCAACAAUGCCCAACAACAGAAUAAUCAAUUUUUCGCCGCGUUCAAAUGAUUAAGCCUUCGAAACUGAUUCAGUUUCGAGCCUCUCGUGCAAAACCCAUACAAUGAUCUCAGGCGGAAAUAUAGGAAACGAAUUCCGAUUCAGAAAUGUAUUUUAUUAGAUUUAAAAACGUCGAGGUCGACUGUCACAAACUUAUCUACCAGAAUAAACAUAUGUUGUGAAAACUAUAUCAAAAUAUCGUAGAACUGUUUUAAAUUCCAUACUUUGUUUUUUAUUAUUAUUAUUAUUAUUUCUACAUUUAGAUCAAGAUGCCAAACACAGAUGAGGUUGUUGUAAACUGCUGGAUUUCUAUCUACCAAACGAAUGCUCAAAUGUUUUUUGUGUGUGUUUAAAAAAAGCCACUCCAUCAUCAUUACCAUUCAACGAUUUCGUAGAAAUUAAUCGUAUCAUCAAAUAUCAUUAUCGAAUCGAGUGCUGAAAGUAUUGAAUUUAGAAUUUUGUUUGAUUCGAUAUAAGUUUUAAAUGCAUUCUAUUUUAAGCGAGAAAUUAUUUUCGUAUCAUUUUAGCGAUAAGCCCCGCCUAUUUCAUAGUUGUCAUCAAUUUUGACAGCUGACGUGACGUUUCUGACACGUCAAACCUGUCGCCAUCUAUACUUCGUUUGGAGAAUAAGGAAUAGUGUAAGAAAACAAAAGGUAAUUUGUGCCUACCAAUCUUUUUUGGUCACUAUUAUAAAUUUUUAAAUCAUGAUUUGCUUAUAAAAUUAAAUUUCUAAGAACACAUUCCUUUUUCUUCGAAUAGAGCUUUCUUAAAAUCAAACUUAUGUCUUCCUACAGUUUUGAAAUGUCAUUAGAAGAUUCUGUAAACUAAACUAAAAGGCCGCGGCACCCAACAUCGUUUAGUGACUUUUGAAUAAGGAAAGCAAAUAAAACCGCGGCCAUCUUAAAAUAGGCGGGUAUUACCGUAUUCUCUUAUAUUUCUAAAACGAAAUAAUAUAGUUAAACGGCGAAUAAAAUUUCAGGGUAUCAUAUAUUAUACAUUUCAUGCGCAUUUAAUAAUUUUUAAUAAUAAUUAUUGUGUUUAUAUGACAAUUAAGGCUGUUUAUUAGCGAAAUGGAGGACUAAAUACUUGUUAUCUAACUUCAAAGAUGAAAAUGUUUAUUAAAAUACGAAUUUUCAAACUCUUGCAGUAGAAAUGUAUUCCUCGAAUAUUGAAACAACAUUCCAUCGUGUCAUAUAAACAUUUCCGGGCAGCUGGACAUUGAUACUAAUUUUGUAUGGGUUUAGCUUCAAAUUAUAUAAAAAAAAAAUCAAUCUAGUAGAAAAUUUUAAUUAUAUAAGAUCCAAAGAUAUAUUAUUUCAAAAUUUGCACUGAGAUUAGCCAAAUUAUCUUGCUUUUAAUUAGUUGUUUUUGGUUUUUAAGUAAAAUUAUAAACACUUUCUUCCCAUAUUCUAAACUAAAUAGCACAAUUUUGAGUUUGAUUCUUUUAAAAUUUUAUAGUGGUGCAAUAAGUCUUAUUGGAUUUGUUAGUAGCAGUUAAUACCGUAAAUUAUUUAUCAAUGUUUUUCACAGUUUUUCCUAAAACAGCAUUUCUUCGAUAUUUAUAGUAAUGUGAUAAAAAAAAUAACUGCAUAAUUUCCAAUGUUUUCCAUAGUUUUUCCAAAAACAGCAAUUUUCCGAAAAUUAUAUUUCUAUGUGAGGUUUUGUUUUUAUUUUUUAAUGUUAAACUAUUAUAUAAUAAUUAAAAAAAACAUACAUUUCUACUAAAGUACAUAAAAAUAUCCAAAUUUUAAAGGAAAAAAAUAACUGUAUAAUUUCCAUAGUUUUCCCAAAAAUAGCAAUUACCCGAGAUUUAUUAUAAUAAUCUAUAAACAUAAACUUCUAUUAAAGUACAGAAUAUCCAAAUUUUAGAGAACAGCAAAUUAACUGCAUAUUUCCAAUGUUUUCCAUAGUUUUUCCAAAAAUACCCAUUCUUCCGAGAACAAAAUUUUUUUUUUUUUUUUAUUUAAUCCAUAAUACUAACAAAUAUUAACUUAUUUUACUAAAUGUCCAAAUUUUAAAAGAAACGUGAAAUCCAUUUUAAUUUCGUUUGUCAUAUGGGAAGAACCAGAUUAAAACAAUUUUUUUGCACAUAUAUUUUGUAUUAUUUUGUAUAAAGUCUAAACAAUGCUCAUUGCUGGGUGCUGGGAUAUUAUUUAACACUGUUGAUAAUUUUAAUUAGUGUUAAUUAAUUUUGUGUUAUCCUCUAUUUAUUUUAAGUAUUAGUUUCGUUUCAAAAGUUGUUGGUUUCCAUUUUGCAAAAAAAAAUGUUAUUAAUGUUCUUUUAGUAAGAACGAUGUGCUAGUUAAAAUUGUUGAGAAAUGGAAAUAAUAAGCUAUUGAAAUGAAAUAAAUUAUAAAGAUGAAAUCCAAGUGUAAGUAGGAAAUUAAAGAAAUUCCUGGAUCUUCCUUACUUAUAAGUUUUUCACUUGAAAAUACAAGAUAAGAGCAAUAUUUGAUUGUUAUUCAUUUUUCUUAUAAAGAAUAAAAAAAUUCUAAGCAUGUUUUUUUUUAUUUUAAUUUUGUUAAAACUUUAUUCCAAAGAUGAUGAUAAUAUUUAAACCAUUGUGCCUUAGGUAGGUCGUAGUAAAAAUUACAUGUCUUGACAAGCAGACGUUGUAUUGUGAAUGUAUAAAUUCAUUUUCAUUCCGCUCAUUUAUUGUAGGUCUUUGGAAAAUAAAUUGUUCUGAA